CAUCGAGUGUCUUCCGCAGUUAGAAAUAAGUCCUUAUGUUGCAUAUAUAUUUUCUUACAUUAAAUAUUUAAAUAUCAUUAGUAUUUCAUUUUUUUCUCAUUUGGUAUCCAAUUCAUAUAACUGUCAAAGUUAUUUGAUAUCUUGCCCAAAACUAACGCCUGACGUCAGAGUGAAAGUCUGCAUUUGAUUACAGCAAGUUGUGUCACUCCGCCGUUAGCGAUGCUUUAAUGGCCCCUUGCAUAUGGGCUUGUAUGAAGAAUUAAUGUAUAUAAAGAGUAUUUAAAUGUGCGUGUGGAAUGUUAUGAACAAGGUUAAUUAGCUGUGGGAAAUACGUACGUAAUAUAGUUUUCAUCUUUGAAGAAGGGCGGCGACCGCACUCUUAAGCGGCAUUGAUCUAUUUUUGAACUGUUAGCCUUUUAGGUCUAACUGGAGUGUAUUGAGGAACUUAAAAUUUGUAUGAUAUUCUUUAAUUAAUCUUACAGAUAUGGUGAAAGUUCUGAUUUACAUAUAGUGUUUUGUCUGAACUCUUUCUUUUAAACUAUGUUUAUUGAGCUCACAUUUUCAUUGUAAUUCUUAAGUGUAUGACAUUUAAGUCUUAAAAUUAUCGUUGUUAAUAGACAUUGUUAAUAUUUGAAGUGCGAAGGUGCAGAAACGAUCAUAAUUGAGAUCUGUUACUUAAGUAUUGCGAUAUGGAGGCUAUUGCUAAACAUGAUUUUAAUGCUACUGCCGAUGAUGAGUUGAGUUUUAGAAAAGGGCAAGUUCUGAAGGUUUUAAACAUGGAAGAUGAUAUGAAUUGGUAUCGAGCAGAACUGGAUGCGAAAGAAGGCCUUAUUCCAAGCAAUUAUAUUGAAAUGAAGAAACAUGAUUGGUAUUAUGGGAGAAUAACACGUGCUGAUGCUGAGAAGUUACUUAUGAACAAACAUGAAGGUGCUUUUUUGAUUAGAGUUAGUGAAAGUUCUCCUGGUGACUUUUCUUUGUCUGUCAAAUGUGGAGAUGCUGUUCAACACUUCAAGGUUUUAAGAGACACCCAAGGAAAAUUUUUUCUUUGGGUUGUCAAAUUUAAUUCCCUGAAUGAGUUAGUCGAAUAUCAUAGGUCAGCAUCUGUGAGUCGUUCUCAGGACAUAAAACUAAAAGAUAUGCACCCAGAAGAAUUUCUUGUACAAGCCAUGUAUGAUUUUCAACCUCAAGAAGCUGGGGAAUUGGAAUUUCGUCGUGGGGACAUCAUAACAGUAAUGGAUCGUUCAGAUCAGAAUUGGUGGGAAGGCGAAAUUGGAUCAAGAAGGGGAUACUUUCCGGCCACGUAUGUCGUCCCUUAUCAUACAUAAAUGUAUGUUUCAGUUUAGGACUUCUCUUUUGUAAAUAUCUUAUGAGUGGUAAUCUCAGCAAACCUAAAAAUAGUAACUUUUGUCCUAGAUGUUGACUAAUCAUGUUGUGAAAAAAAUAGUAAUGCUUUUUCCUCGCAAUUUGGCAGAACAUUUGUAUUAACAAGAGAUGGGCUUGUUUGAUUUUUUUGUUUAAUCUGUAAACAGUUAAAAUCUAAGAUUACAUUCCACAUUUAUUAUGUAGGUGUAAAAAUUCUGUUAAAAAUUUUAGACUGAAUCCAGUUUUAAUUUUGAAUAUUUGAAGAAAAUAUGUGCUGCAUGAUUAAAGCUACAUUUAUUCUGACAUUUUUUCUGAUUGCUAAGCAAUUGUGGGAAUGUGAUCUUAGAUUUAAUUAGUGUCUGAUGUAAAUGUGUCAGCUAUGUGAGGUAUAAAAUGUGUUUAUGUCGUACAUUGACAUAACUGUUGCAUUUAAUAACAUUUUUAAUAAUUUGAAAUGUUUUCCCAUGCAUUGUAUUUCAAACUAAAACACUAUAUGGGAAAUCUUUUUCUGACUUCUUAUCUUUGCAUUUAAAAAUGCAUUCUUUGUCAUUUGUAAAGUAAAGGCCAAAAGCAUUAGCAUUUGUAUAACAAGAGUUGGGCUUUAAAAGCAUCUUAGAACAAAAUAUUUAUGUGUGAUAUUGUUUUCCUUCAUCCCAGGGAGGUUACCCUGGAAGAGCAUAACAUAAUAACAUUGAAUAAUGUAAAAUGUUACUGUCUUUGUUUUGUAUCCUAUGUUAUUUCCUUUGGUAAUGAGAGUGUAAAAUAAUGUUAAAUAUUAUUAAAUCUUUAAAUUUUUUAAUUGAUUUAUAUUAUUAACUUUUAAAUGCAUUGCUUUAAGAGUAAAGAAUUAAAUAUAUAUCAGCUCUGAGUGCUCAUAAAUAAAAACUAGUUUAACAGAUUUGAAUUUGCUCUGAUAGUAAUAUUCAUAUUUGAUUUUUUUAUUAAAUGUUCCAUGCUUAAAUAAAUUACAUUUUUUUAUUCUAUUUAAAUUCAGUUCAUACCUCUAAAGUUUUGAAUACCUCUAAAGUCAGUUUUGAAUGGCACAGUUAAUGCUUUUUCUUUCUUAUGUCACAGAGUUUGAUUGCUGCAAAUGUUUAAUAUUCAUAAUUUUUUAUGCCAAGUUUUGCAUAUAAUUACAUGAUUUCCUCAUUUCCCCUCCACCCUUACCCUCAAAAUGCAUUAAUUUAUGGCUGUGAGUAUUACAUUUUUAAAAAAUAUAUCAAUUGUAAAAAUUUUGAAAGCAGAGCAAAUACCCUAUUGUAUGUAUAUUUAAUGAUAGUGAUCAAAGUAUUUAUUCAGUUUUUAUUAUUAUGAGAUUUUUAAAUAGGGCAAAUAAAAUGCACUGUUUUUGUUGCUUCAUAUGAAUAAUUUGUAGUUUCAUCAUGUCUUCCACAGUUAGUUUCAUCAUUUCGCUUAACAAAUACAAAAUUAUAAUUUUAGCAUUUUCUAACAUGCAAUAAAAGCUAUUUUAAUGAUUUAUAUCAAUGCAAAUUCUAUAUUACGAACUAAUGGUUGAUUGAAAAAAAGGAAAUAAAACUUAAUGUAUUUUAACAGUUCCUGUAUAUAAAAGGUUAUCAGAAUUUCCAUAGUCUUGAAAAUUUUUGCAACAGUAAUUAAUUUUGUGAUACAUUACCAUAGCUGCUAACUCUCCUGGUUUUUAAUUUUUUAGCCUUUAGUGAGAAUGGUAGUUUUGCAAAAAUAUAUUUAAUUUAUUGAAUUAAUGAAACUUAAAUUAGGCAAAUUCGAUUCCCUCACUCCAAAUGAUUUUCAGAAUACAUUUUGUUAUUAAAUUUAUUUCAUCUGCAUUGUAUUUUUAUUACAUUUCAUUGAUUUUUAUUUUAUUAAAUCCCAUUUGAUCUGAGGUGUCUUAAUUUACUGCAAACAGUUUUAGGUUUUUUAUAUGAAAAUUCAAGCAAUGUGUAAUCAAAUGUUUAUAUAGAUAUAUUUCUUUACUUCAAUAUAUGAUAUAUUAAGUUUAGCUGCAUAAAUACUAGGUACAUUAAUUAUUAAUUAUAUUUUAAUCAUAUUUAAAAGCACUUUGACAAAUAAGUUUUUCUUUCCUGCUCAGGGUUUUCUCGGUAUAAAAGCAUUAAAAAAUAAAGUUAGCCAAAAAACAUAAAAUUUAGAAUAGCCAAUUAGAUGCUAAUAUAUUAUACAUCAGUUGAAUUACAAAUAGUUCAGUAACCUGAACCAUGCAUUAUAGAGAGAAUUACAGUCAGUCUGGAGUUCCUGUGAAAUGGUGUUGCCGUGCAGCAUGAAAACUUCUAGUUUUUAACAUUUCAAGGUAAGCAGCUGUAUAUUAAUUGAGCUGCACAUUUAAGUUUUCAUUUACAUUUUCUUUUAAUACACAGCGCAUAUAGUAGGAGAGUUUUUAAAAGUUAAAAAUAAUUUUGUACUUAAUAUUUUUUCUAAAAAAUCAUGUAUAAAAGUGUAAUUUUAGAAUAAAGUAUUUGAUAUGAGGAGAAAUUUAAAAUAUUCAUCUUCCCACCGUAUCAGGUUUAAUUUUUAAAUAGAUUGUCUGUAUAAAGCACCAGUAAAUUACCAAAAAUACAAUUUUAGUUUUAAUCUUUUUUUAAUAUGUUUGUUACAUUUUUCUUUAUUGAACAUUAUGCAUUUAUGUGACUUGUACAUUUUAUGAUAUAUUAAAAAAGUUCUUAAUUACCUAUAAAAUUGUUACAAAGUUAAAUAAUUAGAUGCUAAUUCAAGUCAUGUGUAUUUUCAGAAUUUUCUUUUACAUGUACAGUAUUUUAUAAAAAAGCAAGGGUUCAUUGAAAAGUGUAAUUUACUGAAUCGAAAUUGUAUAUAUUCUACUUUUUUGGAUUUAUGUUUAUGUGACAUAAGAAUGUAUUUUUGGCUUCUGUUUAAUAAAUGCUCAAAUGACUUGUUACUGGAAACAUUGAAAGGUGCAUUUUUUGGGGGGGGAGGGGAGAGGCCUAAUAAAAGAUUGUUUUUCUUUCCCAUAAAUAACUGCAGUGACGUAGUUUAGCAGAUAUUAGGAUUUUCUAUUUCUCUUAUGUAUUUUCAUACAAAUGUGUUUUGCAAUGUAUCUUUAUUAUAAUCAAUGAAUAAUGGGAUAUAAAUGAACCAAUUUCUAACCAAAUGUGCUCAAUUACACGAAAUGGCUAGUUUGAAGAUGCAUUUCGGGAAGUUUUAUAUAUAAUGUUGAAAUAAAUAAAUAUGAUUUCCUUCUUAUAAUAAUGCUUGCAAUAAUUUGUUACUGUUUUAUGUAGGUAUAAAUUCCAUUUAUUAGAGUGAAGUUUAUAAGAAUUUUUCAUAUUGUUUUAUAUUAAAAAAUACUGCAGCACGAAUUUGGCAUUCCAGUUAAGAAAUUAACUAUUGCUUUGCACAGACUCGCUUCUUUGUAACAUCUAAUUUAUUUUUAACUGUAGGUGUUGUUACAUUGUGUACUAAGCAAAUUUCAUUUUGCUUUGCAUUGAAAAUGCCAACAUAGAUUUUUUCCCCCUCUCUAUUUGAAAAAUUUGCUAAAUCUAUUUUACAUGUUUUCAUUUAUUAUUAAAUAAUUUUAUUAUACAUUAUUCACCUUUACCUUUCUUAUAUUUACAUAUUUGUAAAUUACUCAGGUUUCCUCUCUUUUUCAGUAUAUAUUGAGAGUACUUUUUAACAGUAUAUAACUACUUAAAUUGGAUAUAUUAUUAAAGCACACUGAUUUUCAUGCAUGCCAAAAUGAAUUGGUAAAAAUGAAAAUGUUACAAUAAUUGAAACUUAUUGUCUAUUAGACAUACUAUCAGAUUAUUUAGAUGAAAAUUACAUAGUUUUUCCACUGUCUGAAUUAAAAUAAUGAGUGCCUUUAUAAUUAAUUAGUAUUCUUUAUUUUAGGGUGCUAUAAAAUUUUAAUAUUUUUGGGGAAGGGAUGUUUGUUUCUCCAGUAUUUUUGUCUUAUGUAAUAUAUAUAUAAAGUUAAUAGGUUGUAAUUUCCUAAAUAUAAUCUAUCUAUUUGACAUCUGAUUAUGUGGAAUUGCUAUAUAUAUAUAUUGUAAUUACUUUUAAGUUAUUCGCUUAAAAUUUCAGUUGUUACUAAACAAAUUAAAUCAGAAAUGGUAUUUACGUAUUAACCCAACCACCUUGGUGCAAUUUGGCGUUUUUUACAGAUGAAAUAUUAAAAGUUACUUACCGGAUGCAAGUUGGUGGUUUUCUUGCUUCCCACUCUUUUUUUAGAAAGAUUUCCAAACUAUCAAUAUUUAUCGGUAACUAUAUAAGUCGGUAAACAUUAUCAACGUAUGAAAAGAAAACAUACGUUAGCAUUUCAAUGUAUGACUUUAAAUUAUUAAAUGCGAUACAUUAAAGAAAUAAAACAUAUUCUUCAAAUCUUUCUGUAAUUUUGUUGUGCUAUUCUUCUCCUGAAGUACACAGUGAUGUCUUUUUGCUUAAAAAAAUUAUAGAAUUGCGGAGACUCUGUAGCAGUGGCUAUAGAGGAAAUGCAUUUCCUCAUUAUUCCCUUUAGAAAAUUUUCAGCAAAAUUCUGUAUUCUUACAGAGAUUUUUUCCAUUACUGGCGAAUUCUACAAGCUCAUAUUUUAAAACUAAGGCAAAAAAUAUCAUGAUUUGUUUAUACAAAUCAUUGGAAUAUGUAAUAUAACAAAAAAGAACACUUACAAAAGUGGCAGCAUUGUUUGACAGAAGGAUUGUUAUGAACAUGGUUGUCAGACUUUGGUACAUUAUGAAGAUUUUGUUACUUUUAAUAAGGUUGUGUUAAUAUGUAAGCACCUCAGAAACUUGUCCACUGAAGGUUUGUUAUGAACAUGGUUGCCAGACUUUGGUACAUUAUAAAGAUUUGAUAACUUUUAAUAAGGUUAAUAUGUAAGCACCUCAGAAACUUGUCCAAUAUAUACACUGAUGUACAAUUGCUGAGGAUGGAUGGGCACUAGCAGCAAUAGCAACCAUAAAAUGGAAGACAGGAAAAUGUGGAAAUUAGCAUAUGUGCGGGAUGCAGUAAGACUUUUUGUACCUAUGCAAACUUUAGAUCGCAGAAGUUGUUCAUUAUGUGAUAGCACUGAUAAGAGAUAUAAAAGAUUUGAUGUGUAUUUACUGUUGUUUAAAAGCAGAAUGUAACAGGAAAGUAUCAUUUGAUGAACUUGGCAGUUUUCUGUAUGUCUUCUUGACAUCACUUAGAUCAUUUUACAUGUAGCCACAUUAUUGGCAAGAUUGAAGAAGGGCAAUAUAUAACACAUGCCUGUAGAAGAUAGGUACAUAGUGCAAUAGACAAAAAGGAACCAGCCGAGCACAGCUACUAAGGUAGCAUAUCAGUUACUUGCUUCUACUGGCAACCAAAUCUCUUGAAAAACUGUAGCCAGAUGUUUACAUCAAGGAGGACUAUAUGCCCACAGUCCUAUUUUGUGCAUUCCAUUGUCUAGAUAUCAUUGUUCUGCCUGUUUGCAAUGGUGUCGUCAGCAUCGCACUUAAAUACGCACUUGGAGAGAAAACAACUGGGCUUGUGUACUGUUCUCGGAUGAAAGUAGGUUCAGUCUCUCAGCUGAUUGUGGACAAUAACUGAUGUGUGUGAGUGUGGUACUGCAUUUAUUCCAGGAAGCAUACAGGAAAGGGACUGAUAUUCUACAUGUGUCAUGGUAUGAGCUGGGAUCAUGAUCAACAGCUGAAUGUCAAUCUGUGUGCUUCCAACUGGGACUAUGAUUGGCUAAUGAUACAUUAAUGAUAUUCUGCUGGCUCAUGUUUGCAUGUUCCAUGGUGCUGUCGAGAAUAAAUUUGCUUUCAUGGAUGACAACGCUACAUGUCAUUAAACAGUCACUGUCUAGGUGCAUCUAGAGAGUGAGGAUAUUAUUAUGGCCAACAUGUUCUGUAGAUCUGAAUACCACUGAAAAUGUUUGAGAUACUUUAGAGAAGAGUUGCUGGUUGCCAGUGCCAUCCUAUAAACAAAGACAUCCUCAUCUGUGCACUGACAGAAGAGGGGGAUAAAUUACCCCGACAACUGCUAAAUAAUGUUGUACAAAGCAUGGCACGAAUUUUGCAUCACCCUCUAUUACCAUAUCCCAUAUUGACAGAAUGCCUGUGUAUGCUAAUUGAAUUUUUUUCACUUUCAUAUAUUCAGCACAAAAUGACCAUUUUAUUCCUUGAAUAUUUUUCAAAGCCUUCGAAAUUUCAGAGCACAAUAAAUUAUCUUUGUUAUGUCCUAGCAUUUUAGUAUUUUAUUUCACUUGGCAAGCAAAUGCACAUACUUUUUUAUGUGCUACGUGGUCAUUUAUGAUCUAUCCUUAGCAAUUGUUCACCAGUGUGUCUAUAUAUAUGUAUACUUUUGAAAUCUUAGAAUAUUUUUCAACAUAUACAUGCACGCACACACAUACAUUUAAAAUAUAUUGAAAUUUUUUUCAUUACAUAAGUCACAUUGUUUCAUUUAUAAAACCUGUAUUUAUUCUUAAUUGAAUAUUUGGUAAGUUUCAUGUAAAGUAAAUGUGCCUUAGUCUUAACAGUACUUUGAUAAAAAUUACGAGCUUGUGUAUUUUUAACUUACUAUUCUGUGAAAAUCUGAAAUGAAUGUUUAACUCACAUGUGGAAAAUCAUAAAUGCAUGUUUCUCAAUAAAAUUAUUACCUCUGUUGCUGAAGUAACUAAAAUAUAUGUAUGAGGUAUUUGCAAGCUUUUUAAAGUGAAAUGAUGCUUUUGUUAUUUUAGUUAAAUUCAAGUAUAAAUUAAAACUAUACCAUUUCAAAUUCUACUACAGUUGCCUCUAACAUGAUUAUUAACAAAUGAGAAUUUUGAUGUUGUAUUCAUAUUGAAAUGUUAAGGUCUGGAAAAAUAUCUUUGUUCUCUGUGCUUGUGAGUGAUUGUGUGAUUUUUCUCAAUUGCACUUUAAUAUUAACAUUUUAACUAAAA